AUGUCCGCACCACCAAGCCUGUUGAAAACGGCGUACUAUGCUUGCAGCAAUAUCGAGCGCAACAAGUUCGACUUACUGGAAGUCCCGGACGUCGAUAUGCAAAAUUGUUGCCGGGCGCUGUUCGAAAUAAUAAAAAUCAACAAAAAACUAAACGGCGACAACAAUACCAAUAGGCAGACCCUGUACAGCAGCUUGAACCUCAGGUAUGAAGAGAAGUAUAAAACGAAUUUAAAUGACAAGUUUAAAAACAUAUGCUCGGAGGCAGUGACGCACAAUCACAUGGAUUGCCUAAAACUGGCUCACGAGAUUGGCAUUGGAUGGGGUGAUGGUCAGGCGUGCACCAUUGCAGCGGAAACGGGUAAUCUGGAGUUUUUGAGGUAUGCCAAGGAAAACGGAUGUCCAUGGGACGCAAGGACUUGCACCUUAGCCGCGAAAUCGGGCCAUCUGGAGUGUUUAAAGUACGCCAGGGAAAAUGGGUGCGACUGGGACGUAUGGACUUGCGCGUUCGCCUCAGAUUCGGGCCAACUGGAGUGUCUUAUGUACGCGCGGGAAAAUGGUUGUCCUUGGGAUGGUAUGUCGUACAUACUUGCCAAAAGUAAUGGACACAGCGCUUGCAUGAAGUACGUACUGAAAGACGGGUUGCCCGGGAUCUGGCGGGGGUAA